AUGGCAGAACCACUCGCUUUCGCAUCUGUCUGUGCUGGAGUUAUAUCCCUAUCCGGGACUAUCCUCUCUUCCUCGAUAACCUUCAGCGAUGCCGUGGAGCUCCUCCAGGCUCGGUGGGAGAUGAACGUCCGAGUAUGAUAAAACUUAACCUGGCUCUCCCCUAUGAUAGGAGAAAUACAAAAAAAAAAAACUAACGAAAAAAAUAAAUAAAUCAGCGGCUAAAACCAUACAAUCUGCCAAAGUACUUCUACCCCUUUCUCCUCCCCAUAACCGACACUCUGACAACGCUCGAGUCCAACGUUCUCCUCGCCAGCGAUAAUGACCUCCUGGACUACCGCUCCCGUCGUAUGGGUGGGUGCAGCAUGACCGGCGUCGCGGCGGCGCUGGUGGCGCAGGUGACGAACACCUCCCUACAGCAGGAAUACAUCUCCACGGUGCACUGGAUCGUGCCGGCGCUGUGGACGGGCACGCUCGUGUCCGCUCUGCUGUCCGUGUACUAUUCCUUCCUGCUGCAUCACUACUUGGGCGGGUUCGCGUGCGCGGGCGAUCUGCGGAAGGCGUUUACGCAUAGGGGCCUCAACCCUACCCGCGUUCGGAACGAGGAAGGGGAGGAGGAGAGGAGGUUACCGAGCCUUUCAGCCGCGGUAAAGGUUUGGGCGCCGACAUAUCUGCUCGCGCUAGCCAUCGGGUCGUACAUCGGGACCAUAGGCAUAUAUUGGGGCGUCGCAUGGGGGAUGGAUCUGCAGGGGAGGGGUGAGGAGAGCCGGAAUGUUCGUCUGUCUGCACCUUUUUUUCAUUCUUUUUUUCACAACCUUUGGAAAUCUCGCACUGAUGAUGAUGAUGGAUUGUUGCAGGUGUUCAUAUUCUUCCUCGUGACGACGGUACUGGCGGUAUGUCUGUUCGCGGUGCCGAACACGGUCGGGAAGUUACUUGAGGACUUUGCCAAUUUGAGGGGGUACAAGGAGGGGUUUUUCUUCCACGGGCAUCACGGGAUCCCCAGGCCCCCGGGUCUUGUUGUUGCUGGAACCGGGAAGGGAAGAAGUGAUGGGUCGGAGGAUACCAUUGAUACUAGUUCUAGUUUGCUCCCCUAGCUAGCCCUACUCUCUUUGAUUUUUGGUAUGAUAACAGGACUGAUUUAUGGAUAGCUAUACCGGAACCGCCGAAGGCGAGGGUUAGGGAUUUAGAGGGUCCUGGUAGCGCGAGGGGGGAGAGGGAGGUUGAUAGGGAGGUGCUUGUGGAGGCAGCAGAGGCACAUCAGCGCGCGGCGUUAGCUAGUGCCAAUGCUGCGAGGGAGAUGGAGAGGGUUUUGGGGGUCGGGGUGAAGAAGGAGCGGGCCAGGGAGGAGAUUUGUGAGGGGUUUAUCUAAGGGCUUGGAAUUUUUUUCUAGGCCCGGAGUGAUUUCUAGUGACCUUCCACGGUUAUCACGCCUGCGUUUUGUUGGGGGGGGGGCGAGUUAUAAUAUCUCCUUGGUUCUGGUGCACUUGGGUGGGCGGUGUAGAAUCUUCUUUGUAGAAGUUUUAGUGUACUUGUAUUAAUCAAUGUAUCCUGUCUGAGAGAACCCUCUGCUCCGAUAGCCAUCACUAUCUCAUAGUGCAUUCUUGGUUGCGCUAUUCCAAUAGGGACAGCACGACGAGCAGAGUUCUAUUACGCCAAGUCAGGUUUCGGUCUAAAAGAGCACAACUUUUGGGGCAAAAAUUAUCCGUUCACACAUUCCAAACAAUACAGAAUAUGGCUCUAAAUACCCACCAACUGGCUAUGUACAAAUCAGUAACUACUUUACCUCCUUCUGCCCGCACCGCCUCCGCCACCGCCUCCCCCGCCACCAGCAUCCGCCAAACUGACAACCUCGCCAAUACCCGCUUCCUCCUGUUCGUCCUCCAAGGCUCUGAUCUCUUCCCUACAAGCCCACCAUUUCUCUUCUGCAGCAGCGAAGCCUUCCUUCCGGAGCUCCUUGACAGUCUUGUUCUUGUGAGCCCCAGUCUCCUGCUCUGCGAUGAGAAUCUCGAGCCAGGCGGCCGAAGUCCUUGUGAAGAAUGCCCGAAGGGAUUCGAAUGGGCGGGGGUGUGGGGUUCUGUCUAAUGAGGCUUCCUCCGCCGCUUCCUCUGUGGGCUCUGGCUCUUGGACGUCUGGGGUUUCAUGGGCUUGCUCGAGGUCUCUAGAUUUACCCUUUUUACGCUAUUUGGGAUCGUGUUAGUAGGGUAAAAUGGAGGCCGGGAGGAUACUGACCAGGGCUUUUUCCUUCCGCCGGAGCUCAAUCUCGGCUUCAUCGAUUUGCAUUUUCUCGGGCUCUUCAUUUUCAUCGAUGUCCAUUUCUUCUUCGUCCUCCUCUUCUUCAUCUUCGUCUCCCUCGUCUUCGUCAUCCUCGCUUUCUUCCCAAAUUGUUUCAUCCUCGCGGGAAAAUACGGACCUUACGCCGUCGAGUUUUCCUAGAUCUAUGGCAAACAUCUCAUCGAAUGUGAAUUCUCGAUCCCCCUUUUCCCAGGUGCCGCCGUAGAUGUAUAGGACGUCGUCGAGGACAGCAAGAGCAGCGUUGAACCUUUCGUGGGGGAGUUCGAGACUCAUUACUUGCUCCUUGAUGACGACGAGUCUCUUUUCUUCCUUUUUCUCUUCCUCUUCUUCCUCGUUGUCGUCUUUUCCUACUACCUCCAGUGCUUUCAGAUUUCUUAAUAAAUCCUCUUCGGCUUCUCUUGCUCUGUCUCUUCUUCCACCUCCCCGUUCAUUCCCGGCUUUCUUCUGGACCCUUGGCUUUCUGAGAACUAAUGGGAAGAAGCGAUUUCUGUCUAUUCCCCAUGCGAACAAAUCGUUAAAAAAAGUACUUUCCAACCCUUCAUCACUAUCCUCCUCAUCCUUCACUCCACCAAACAGUAUCCCUCUGCCCUUAUGCCAAGCCAUUGUGACCCCGACCCUCGGGGGAUUUGGUGGGUUCCCAGGCUUCUUCCUCCGUUCCCACCGAACCCUGGUCAAGUCCUGAUCCAUCCUUAGAAACCAAGUGUCCUGAUGAAUCACUGGCUUCCAAGCUACCGAUCCACUAGAAGCCUUGCUCCCGCCACCCUUCCUGUUCCCCGCAGAGGGUAUUGAUGAAGACUUGACGCGGGAGUAACCCCCAAACAACGCAGCCCCCUGCUCAUGCGGUAAGAGCGAAAACGAACUCCUCGCCUCAGGCCGCUGCGCGUGCGCAGGCAGCGAGAUGGCAGUCCAGGUAUACAAGUUCGUAUCGAAGGCCCACAGAUCACUCAGGUACUUUGUCGCAGAACUAGUAUCUUGAAAUCCCCCCAUUACCAAGAUAUAAUUCUUCCAAGCAACUAUUCUGUGUCCACUCCUGGCCGGGGGUCCUCCCCCUCCACUACCGCCUUUUCCACUACCCUUACCCUCCACACGUGACCACUCCCGUGACCCAAGAUCGAACCUCCAAAAGUCAUUGUAGUGGUAGAAAGUCCCCUGCUUCGGACUGGAAAAUUCCCCACCAAACAACCACAUACUCCCCGUAUUCCCACCACCAUACUGCGACGUCGUCACACAGUGUCCAGACCGUGGAAGGGGCGAAUUCGGCGAAGUGAUCUGUCGCCAUUCAUCGUGCGCAGGGUUAUACGCAAAUAAUUCGUUGAAAAAUUUCGCAACAGCACCAUUAAACGUCUCGCCGCCGAAGAGCAGCAAUUCCUUACCGUUAGGGGCCGCCGCGAGGGUCGCGUUCGCGCGCACGGGCGGCGGUUCAGUGAGUGUAGUUUCGGUGACUUUCAGGAAAAGGGCUUGCUAUGCUCCAUUAACACCUUCCCUCUUCCCUGCGCAGCGGGGUCGGUUCACCUGACGGGCAUACUCCUCUAGCACGGAAUCGAGAUCUACGUCGUCAUCGUCCGCGUCGGCGGCCUUCUUGUUGCUUGACUUUUUCUCCUUCUUUGACGUUUUUCGAGCCGUUUUAUCCGCCACGCGGGCUUUUUUGUCGGCGGAUUUCUUUUUGGAGUCUUUUUUGCCCAUUUUGGGGGGGGGGGUUAGGUUGCAGCUACAGCUGCGGUUGUGGUUGUUGAGAUGAGGGGGGUGGGUUCGUGAGGCUCUUUCCGUGGGGCAUUCUGUUCUGACUUUUGGUGGGGUGGUUGCGGUAGUAGGAUAACUUUUGCAAAGACAGGUGGUAAAAGUUCUUCUAUUAUCUGUUAUCUUAUCAUAUCAGAUUCUGUGGCUACGCGCCACAGAGCGUCAAUCUUGAAAUGGACCAAUGUGACGGGUUUGGAGUUGAUGGAUCCAUAGGGGACUGGAAAUUAGGGUCUAACAUGAGUUUUUUUUUUUUCCUAUGGUAUCAUACGACACCUUUGAAGGGAUCUCAAGCGGCAAUUGGGGAAUCAC